UCUGUGUGUAUGUGUGUGUUUGACUUAUUUACAGGAAAUUGCCCGAAGUGGCUCAGCCCACAGCCUCCUCAUGGGCCAGUCAAAUAUGACAUCCCUUGCUGAGGAGAAAGCCAUGAACACCUCCAGCAGGAAUGCCUCCUCCCUGGGGAGCUCGCACCCGCCCAUUCCCAUAGUGCACUGGGUCAUUAUGAGCAUCUCCCCCCUGGGCUUUGUGGAGAAUGGGAUUCUCCUCUGGUUCCUCUGCUUCCGGAUGAGGAGGAACCCUUUUACCGUCUACAUCACCCACUUGUCCAUUGCUGACAUCUCGCUCCUGUUCUGUAUUUUCAUCCUGUCCAUCGACUAUGCCUUGGACUACGAACUCUCUUCUGGCCAUUACUACACAAUCGUUACAUUAUCGGUGACGUUUCUAUUUGGCUACAACACGGGCCUCUAUCUGCUGACGGCCAUCAGUGUGGAGAGGUGCCUGUCCGUCCUCUACCCAAUUUGGUACAGAUGCCACCGCCCCAAACACCAGUCGGCGCUCGUCUGCGUCCUCCUGUGGGUGCUCUCGUGCCUGGUGACCACCAUGGAGUACGUCAUGUGCAUCGACAGCGGGGAAGAGAGUCGGUCCCACAGCGACUGCCGGGCGGUCAUCAUCUUUAUAGCCGUCCUCAGUUUCCUGGUCUUCACGCCGCUCAUGCUAGUGUCCAGCACCAUCCUGGUGGUGAAGAUACGGAAGAACGCGUGGGCCUCCCACUCGUCAAAGCUGUACAUCGUCAUCACGGUCACCAUCAUCGUCUUCCUCAUCUUCGCCGUGCCCAUGCGGGUCCUCUACCUGCUGUACUAUGAGUACUGGUCAGUCUUUGGGAACCUGCAUAACAUCUCCCUGCUGUUCUCCACCGUCAACAGCAGUGCCAACCCGUUCAUCUACUUCUUCGUGGGCAGCAGCAAGAAAAAGCGCUUCAGGGAGUCGCUGAAAGUGGUUCUGACCAGGGCUUUCAAGGAUGAAACGCAGCCCAGACGCCAGGAGGGCAAUGGUAACGCCAUCUCCAUCGAGACCGUGGUCUGA